ACCGUUAAUGAAAUAUUCCAAGCAAAAAAUUAAGAAAGAAAUUAGCUAGCCAGUCGAUCGAAUUACUAUUAAGAAAUAAAUUAGCGAAAAUGGGUAUGCUUCGGAGCAGCGACAUUAACAAGAAGAACAACGUUAACAUCAAUGGUAUCGUGAAGAAGCUCCGGCGGAGUCUCUUCAUAAGCAAGAAACAGCCAUUCUCCAACGGCAACAGCUUCGAGGACUCCUCAGCGUACGUGCCAGAGGACGUGAAGGAAGGCCACUUUGCGGUCAUAGCGGUGGGCGCCGGGGAGAAGCCCAAGCGGUUCAUCGUGCCCUUGACGUCCCUGACGCACCCGGCGUUCGUCAGCCUGCUGGAGCACGCUGCCGAGGAGUACGGGUUCUACCACCAGGGUGCGUUGACCGUCCCCUGCCGGCCCAGCGAGCUGGAGCGGAUCCUAGCGGAGCAAUGCUGGCCGGAGCUCAGACGACGGCCCAGAGUCCAGCGCCGGCUUUAAGAGUUUUAGUUUAAUUUUAGGAACUUAUAUAUAUAUAUCUAUAUAUAAU